AUGUUUCCGUCUCGUGGACUCCUCGGAGUCCUCCUCCUCGCCCUCUUCGCGGUCCUAGCCUCCUCCGAACAUACCUCGAAUUGGGCCGUUCUCGUCUCGACCUCACGCUUCUGGUUCAACUACCGCCAUCUCGCCAAUGUCCUUUCCUUGUACCGAACCGUGAAACGCCUCGGCAUCCCCGACUCCCAAAUCAUCCUUAUGCUCCCCGACGACAUGGCCUGCAACCCGCGCAACGCCUUCCCCGGAACCGUCUACAGCAACGCCGACCGCGCCGUCGACCUCUACGGCGAUAACAUCGAGGUGGACUACCGCGGCUACGAAGUCACCGUGGAGAACUUCAUCCGGCUCCUCACCGACCGCCUGGACGAGGACGUGCCGCGCAGCAAACGCCUCGGCUCCGACGCCGGCAGCAACGUCCUCGUCUACAUGACCGGCCACGGCGGCGACCAGUUCCUCAAGUUCCAGGACUCGGAGGAGAUUGGCGCCUGGGAUCUCGCCGACGCGUUCGGCCAGAUGUGGGAGAAGAAGCGAUACCACGAGCUCCUGUUCAUGAUCGAUACCUGCCAGGCAAAUACCAUGUAUACGCAUUUCUACUCGCCCAAUAUCGUGGCUACCGGGUCCAGCGAGCUCGAUCAGUCGUCGUAUUCGCACCAUGCUGACAAUGAUGUGGGGGUUGCUGUCAUCGAUCGCUGGACGUACUACGUGCUCGAGUUCCUGGAGACCCAGGUGACCAGCGCCAACUCGAAGCUUGCGCUGGGUGACCUGUUCGACUCGUAUGAUGAGUCCAAGAUCCAUUCUCAGCCGGGCGUGCGGUGGGACCUCUUCCCCGGCGGUGAGCAGGAGGGUCGUCUGCGAACGGUGGUGGACUUUUUCGGGAACGUGCAGAAUGUUGAGGUUGAGAAUACGAAUUCGAACGAGCCCGGGUCCUUGAAGGAGGAUCUUAUCGAGAUCGCGCGGCUCGUCGAGAAGUGGCGGUCGAGGGAUCGCGAGUACUUUGCUCGGCGCAACGAGAGCAGCGCCGAUGUGCCGGAGUCUGGCUCCGAAGCGCCUUCGGUGUCGAUACAACUUCAGAAGAACGUUCCGCCGGCGAAAAUGACCGAAGAAACCUGGGAGAAGCGGCUCGUCGGGGCGUCGGUUCUGGGUGUUUGCGCGGCUGUCUGGAUGGCGGGGUCGUUCUUGGGCGGGUCAUCGGCUUGA